AUGGCCGCGGUCGACACUUCAACAAGGGCGGGCUCAGGCCCAUCAAGUCCCAUACAGCGGAAACCAGUUGCUCCCAACCAAGGGUCACCACAGCGCAGCCUACGGGAGAAGGGGAAACCACUGCCCGCUCUCCCUAUGUCUGAAGGCUCGCGACUAGGGCAAUCGCCUGUUUCCCCAGUCAAGAUGAACUUCAAGCAGGACAACUGGGCGCAACCUUCGGCUGCAACUAUAGAAACGGGGGAGCCUCACCACCAGCAACACUUGCCAGUGAACUUGGAAAGGGAGGGGCUGUUGACAACCCAGUCACCUGCACAGACGUCGUACAAGCAAACAAUAGAGUUCUCGCAACCGGAGGGGACCGUACGCCGUGCAAGAGAAGCCUCCCUAGACCCGCACCCUCCGACACAAGGACAGGCAAACGUGUCGGGGUCCGCAAGCCCAGCGUUUGGUUCUGACUUUGAAUUCCAAGUGAAUUCGAACCUCGGAGAGGAUAAUCGGCAUAGUCGCGAGACAGACACCUCCGGGUCUACACCCAGCUUGUCGAACCCUCAAACAUCGACCGGUGUGUCGGUGGUAACAAGCGCAAGUUCAGUCUCCAAUUCAUUGGACAAUGGACAAGGCAGAAAAUCAGAAGAUGCUUGUACCGUGGGCUCCAUCCCUGAGGAUCCUGAGGAGGCACAGCUCGUUCCACAGCUCCAGUACCACCAUCAACCCUUCGUGCCGAGGACGGCAAGUUCUGCGAACGAACAAAACCCGCGCGCCGUGUCGACGCCGGACCUGUUGGAGAACGGCAUGGCCGUCAACCGCCACUUGACACCUGUCUCUAACGUGAGGAGAAGCUCGAUGCCUCGGCCGCAAUCAACAUACUCCGUCCAUUCUGAUCGUGGCCGAUCGUCCGCGUACUAUGGGAACUCGAGCCCACGCGCUCCUUCGUCUCAUUCGGCAAGAAAAUCGCCAGAUAACCGUCAAUCCACAUACGCCGAGCUUCUCAAUGUGCCAUAUCCGCAGCCAGCUCCAGCACCGCUCACCAUUGACAAUUCUCAACUGCGGAACGUAGUAGGAUCUAAUGCCUCUUUACUGAGCUCGCAGAAGACGCUUGAUAUGUACCGACAGAACGUAAAGAAGACGAACGACGUUUCGCUCCAGUACUCAUUUGCGGUCUUUCUGAUAUCAACAGCACAGGAGCAGGGAUUAGACGUCACGAAGCCUCAGCCGAAACCAUCGUCGAAAUCAGGGCACAGUCGCGAUGGCUCAUUUGUUGACGAGACGGGAUCUGGCCCGCAUGAGCUGGUGAGAGAAGCUCGAGCAAUCCUGCAAAAGCUCGCCAACGCUGGGUACCCUUUUGCUCAGUACUACCUUGCGGAUGGCUAUGCGUCAGGCUUAUUCAGCAAAGGAAAGGAGGACUACAACUCGGCCUUUCCUCUGUUUGUCUUGGCGGCCAAGCAUGGCCAUGCAGAGUCUGCAUACCGGACCGGGCUGUGUUACGAGUUCGGUUGGGGUUGUCGAAAGGACCCGGCGAAGGCUGUCCAAUUCCUGCGAACAGCAGCCUCCAAACGACAUCCAGGAGCCAUGACGAGACUGGGGAAAGCCUGUCUCUCAGGCGACCUUGGUGAAAAGCGCUAUCGUGAGGGUCUGAAAUGGCUGAAGCUGGCGACUGAGUCGGCGGAUGCGAUGUACAAUGGGGCACCUUACCACCUGGGCUGCCUUUACGAGACGGGGUACGGCGAGGAUAUCUUCAAAGACGAGGGCUACGCCGCUGAAUUGUUAACGCAAGCUGCCGAUCUUGGUCAUCCGGAAGCUAACUACCGCAUGGGCGAUGCCUACGAACAUGGCAAGCUCCAAUGUCCUCGGGAUCCUGCGUUGAGCGUGCACUUCUACACCGGCGCUGCGGAGCGAGGCCAUGCAGCAGCUAUGAUGGGUCUCUGCGCUUGGUACAUGGUUGGAGCGGAGCCGGUUCUAGAGAAGGACGAGGAGGAAGCGUACGAAUGGGCGCGCAGGUCUGCUGAGUUGGGUUUCGUCAAGGCGCAAUACGCGGUCGGCUACUUCACAGAGAUGGGCAUCGGUUGCAGGAGAGAUAUUCUUGAAGCCAAUGUCUGGUAUGUCAAGGCCGCAGAUGCCGGGGACGAACGAGCCAGGCAAAGACUGAACGCCAUUCGGGCGGCAGCAAGCGGCGGCACACCAAUGGAGGUCGCACCUGCGAAAGCCCAAAACCUGAGGAAGUCGAAGAGCGGCACGAAAGACGACAACUGCCUGGUGAUGUGA